AAUCCGUGCUGGUCACAAGCUGGUUGUGGUGAACUGCUACUGGAACUGGAUGGUGAUAUAAGUUGUUUCUGGACAGACAGGAUCGAAAAGUUUGGAUGGGUUCAGAAGGUUCCUCCGAUAUUCCCAGUGUGAAAUGCAGGGACAAAACGUGGACCAAAUGUCAGGUGCAAAAAAACAAAAUGGCACCAGAAAAUAAAGCCACCAUAACAUGCCUUAAAAUAAAACGUGUGCCAUAAACUAAAAUGCUGCCACUGGAAAAACUACAAGAAAAAACCACUGGAAAAACUACAAAAACAAAGAAAAAAAGGUCCUAGGAAACGUUACUUAACGUUACGUUUAAAAUAAGAGUCUUACCUCUGCUCAGAGGGGUUUCUCAAACAAAUUGGCAAAAUGCCAACAAACGCCGAUAGCUCUAUCGGGUUCAGCCUUUAGCCACCAAUAUGGCGAGGGAAGGUAGGCACGAGGUAUGACUAUACACCGUCAGAUAUAAAGUGACGAACAAACUUCGACCGGACUGAAAUAACUCGCCAGAAAUAAACUUGAAGAAAAAAUUCAAGAUAAUAACAAUACUUAGAAUGCCAUCUCGGUGCGAGGAUUUAAACUUGAAUUAUUUAAAUAAAAUAAUUCUGUACCUUUAUAUUAAUUGUUUGAAUUUUAAAUAACAUGCUACAAUAUUGUCAUUCUUCUUAUCCUGGGGUAGGGAUGGCCAGAAUCAAUUCGAUUAUGAUUUGAAUCGAUUCAGCAACCUUGAAUCGAUUCAACCUUCCGAUUCUUUAUAACUUUAUAACUAAAAAUCGUAUAGAUAUCGAUGCUUGAAAGGAAGAAAGACACAAGCGACAUUUUUUACAAAAAUUACUAAUAAACCCUACUAAGCUCCACUUUUUUUUUCUGCGUCGAUUGGACUACUUUUAAGAUUGAUACAAUCAUUUUUAUGUCGCUUAAGUCAACCAUGAAUUUUGAAGAGUAUCUCAACUUUUCUUUACCAAGCGACCAUUAUUUUGCCGUAUUUCAAUAAAGUGUUACUUAGCCUACCUACCCUCAACCGGUGUCUCAACUUUACCUCAACUACAUUAUUCAAAAGUUAUGCACUUAAACUGUUCUUCCUUUAUAGUGACAAGAAAGUAAAAUUACUUAACUAAUUACACUUCAAUUAAAAAUUCGAACAACAUGGCGCUUAUCCUGUUUUACCCGAGAGUAAUUCCUAGCUUAGUGAAUUUUAAGCUAUUUUAUUUGGCAUCUUAAAACAAUCAUGCACCAGUUAAGACAUUCUUGCAGUAUUGAAGGUUGCUGUUUUACAGUGUGGCCAGAUUUUCGUAAACGCUUGUCGCUAAACUGCCUGUCAGAUGUCGCCCAAAAUCGCCAUGUUGCGAGAGCCUCAUAUAUCGCCCAAAGUCGCAAUAUUAUCGCCUCAAAUAUCGCCCAAAAUCGAAAUUUUUUCAGCGCCUCAUAUAUCGCCCAAAAUCGCAAUUUUGUUAUUAUAUAGACCAAAAUCGCAAAUUUUUAUCGUCGAGCGUGUACUGCUAAUAUUUAACGGUCAUUUUAAUUUGUUACCGGAAAACACGUGCUUCAUUCUGAUAAGUGCACCGAAAACAAAUCAACGAUUUCUUUUGUUAGAAAACAUAGUAAAGAUAACUGUAAUGGAUUCAUUGGAAAGUCCACUACCGUUCCAGUUAGUGGGGAUGUCUCGAGAAGAAUUUGAAAUGGAACUGGCUGAAAUCUAUGAUAUACCUAGUGACCAGGACUAUGUUUGUUCAAAUGGCAGCGACAACGAUUUAGAAGAAACGUGGAGCCAAUGAAAUGGCAACUAUUUUACACACUUAUAUUUGCAUGGUUGACGAACGCGAGUUUGUUACUCGUUUACUCUUGUACUGUGACUCUUGUCCUGGGCAGAACAGAAACCGGACGAUUAUAGCUAUGAUGCAUGCGACCCUACA